AUGAGCGACAACCGCGUCGACCCAUGGAAGAAGCACUAUGUCACGGGCACCCUCCCGCAGCUCAACAACGACAGGCUAUCAUGGCUGGAUCCCAUGUUCCCCUCCAUGGACCCCGCCACGCUGCGGCUCGACCCGCCCAGCACCAACGCGCUGCCGAAGCCGUCGCCGGCCGAGCUCGACGACCUCUUCUUGUCGGAGCGCCUGCAGAAGCACUUCAUGUACGGCUUGACGACGUGGGAGACCGCGAUUCUGGCUAGCGCCGAGGACUACACGGCGUACGACGAGAGCGACCACACCACGGCCAACGACCUGCACGUGGACGAGGAUUCGUGGCUGCGCGUGUGGCAGAAGUACCGCUGGAGGAUCGACUUUGUGCAGCAGCAGCACUGGACCGGGAACGCGGGUAGGAAAUGGACGGUGGAUGACCCGUUUCUGUGGAAGGAGCUGUCGAAGUGCAUUCAGCUGGCGGAUAAUAUCUUGCGGGUGUCUGCGACGGAGCCAUGGCUGCGCAUGCUACUAUCCAAAGACGGCCUCGAAUCGGUCAAAGUCGAAGUGCCGUAUGGCUCUAAGAAUUGGGAGCAAAUCUGGCGCGUCAAGAACGACACCUCAUUCAUGACAACCACGCAAGCAGUGCUCGACUUCUUCGAGGACCCAGAGUUCUACACGGCCGUUCUAUGGGCUUUCAAAGAUCAUUCUACCAACUUUGUCGCCUCAGAUAAUGGCUCGGCCGAAGUUGGGACGACCCAUCAAACCUACAAUGCACAUCGCAGGCUGUCGCCGAUCACCUUGGAUAUCGUAUAUUUGCAGACGAUGCUUGACCCGUCCGCUACAGCGGUGUCGAAGAGAUUGGCCUUGCAUCUUCAGGCUCUUACUAUUGUACACGAACUCAUGUUCGGAGCCAGAGAAUAUUACCCCGAGAUGGGCCAUUCCUGGGAAGGGUCGGCUCUCGGCGGCUCCCUCUUCGGUAUCGAGUCCCUCGAGACCGGGUCCCAUUACAGGAACUCCAACGCAGCAGGCAUCAUCGCCGGCCUCGCCGUAUGGCCGAACAUCAACAGCCACACCUGGCACGAGACGUACGGCGUCGCCCUCUGCAUCCCCUCGUACCGCACAACCUGGCCAGCCCCGGCCCUCUGGGCCACCUCGUUCCGCUCGGGCGACUUCUGGAACAAGAUCGUGCCCAAAUACGGGCCCGGCGCCCUCAAGAUGCCCAAGCCUCUUGUCGACGUCACCAUCGAAGAUGCCCCGUUCAAAUCCGCCGGCGGCCCCGUGCCAUCGCAGGCGAGGUGGGUGAUGGGCUAUAUCCCGCCUGAGUGGCAUCGCAAGUCGCUGGGCACUCUGGCGCGGCGGCUCACCUCGCGUCGUCGGGCAUACCAGACAAGGAGGCCGUGGUUCCCGGACACGUUCGCGAUGUGGCAGAUGACGCCCUGGAGCUGGACCGACUUCCGCCGCGAGCUGAACGUCGCGCUCACCAUACACUUCGUCCGCAGGGGCCUCGUCGACCAGUUGUACCUGCAGAGCAUGAUCGUCAGACUCAUCCACCCGCUCGUGAUCGGCGUCAAGUUCCCCGACGGCAGGGUGAGUAUGCAAAUCCCGCCCGGCUUCGAGCACGUCAACAAGGAAUGCGCCGUGCAGGCGUGGUUCUUCCGCGCUAUCGGCAUCCUCAUGGCCGCCUCUCUGCCCGCCCACGACGGGGAGGUGGUACCGGAGAGGGAGCCCUCGCAUUACAGCAACCCCAACCCGUGGAAGAUCAAGGCCAGCGUCGCGACGGCGCUGAACAGCGCCGAGCGGUCGGACCUGUCCGCGGCGAUGACGUAUCUGUACAGGAACCGACACAAGUACGACGGCUUCCGGAUGGACAAGAGGCAUCACGCCCCGGACCCGCCCAAGAACAGGCUGAACCUGCGCCGCGACUUGAUUGAGCUGGCCGUGUCCUGCUGGGAUGCGUUCGAAGCAGUCUGCGACCUGCCUUUGGGGCUGCGAGGCGCGUUCUUUACUGCCGUGAAUGAUAUGACGGCGCAGCUGAAGGCGGAUUUGGGCAAUGAUUACAGAUCAUGGCUUGACUUCAACUUCCGCAUGCCGGAAUACGCUGGUGUAUGGGAGAAUGGGCGAGCGACUGGUUUGGAGAAGUUCAAGGAGGUACUCAAGGAUGGAUGGGACGCCAUGAGCCCGGCGUUCGGAGAAGAAGCUGUUUUGCGAUUCAACGGGGAGCCGGUGAAGGACCCCGGCCACAUCGAAAUUGAACCGACCUGGGCCAUCGGAUGCGUGGGUAUCGCGGGUGACGUUGUUCCGGUUGACCAGCGUCCCGGAAAAGGCGACUUCAAGUACUUUACCACAAGCCAGAUAUACGACCAAGCGGUGGAAGAGGGGAAGCCUGUGCUCAUUGCUGAAGAAGGGAUUCACCUGAACAUCUUCCUCGUUUCGGAUGUCAAGGAACUCCUGGGAAACAUCACUGAGGAACAACUGAACACCAUCACGUCGAAGGAGUUCAAUGGCCAACAGAUAAAGCCCGAAGCUGUGAAACUACUAAGACAGGCUGCUCCCAACCUUGUGCCGCUGGGGAGGGCGAUGAGAAUCUGGAGAGAGGACGAGAUCGCCCUGUGCGAUGGGACGAACGGCUACCCCUUUUGCGUCCGUAUCGCGGAUAGCGUUUUUGACCUCACUGAUGUUGAUCACCUGGAAAAUGCUGGCCCCGACAAGCGCGUCAAUGUCCUGGAAAUCCUCAGGUCGACGCCGGGUGGCAACCCUUCCCAGAAGCUAUUGCAGGCUGGCGUCUUCCCCCGAGCUGUUAGCGACCAGAUCUCUCGAUAUCGCAUUGGAUAUGUGGAUUCCAAGGUGCCCAGAGCCACCCACAGGCAUCAUGAGAGGACGUUCACGGAAAAGACGCUGCGCCGCUACGAGUUUGUGGAUUGCAGCAUGUAUGUUGCCAUUCAGGACAAGGUGUACGACAUCACAAACUACGUUAUGCUCCAUCCCGGAGGCGAAAGGCUCUUGGUCGAGAACGGGGGAAAAGACAUUACCGAGCUAUUCAACAAACAUCACCCGAAAUCCAAGGACGAAUUGAUAGAAUCAUUGCAAGCCGUGCGCAUUGGCAGGUUGGUCGAGAACCGGUCCGAGACGGUCCUUCUCGACGGACUGCCGUCGCCAGAGGUUGUGCAUCAUGACGAGAUCCUGCUCCGCAAUGAGAUCUACUCAGUGCGAGCUCUCAUCGACUCGGCAGAGAACUACCGCCUCGUCGAAGCACUCAGGCCCUACCUAGGCAAAGACGCCACCCAAGCACUUGCGGCCGAGGACGACGACGAGGGUCCUCUGACGACGUUUGCGCGUAUGAAGGGCUUCAUCGUGGCCAUGACCGACCCUAAAAAGACUGAGCUUCGCAACAUGUCAAUCACAGAGAUGAGACACUUCGACGGGCUGAAGGACCGCCUGGCUUAUGUUGCUGUAGAUGGCUUGAUUUACGAUGUGACAGAUGUCAUCGACUUUGGUUACAAUAAUCGGAACUACGAGAAUUUGCGUAACUACGUGGGUCACAGUAUCCAGAGCGACGACGCCUUGGCCGAUUACGUGAAGAACAACUGCGAGCACCGGCUCUGCGCCAGGUUGGUCGAUUUCAGACACGCAGACAGUGGACCCGAAAAAUUCAUCUGGAAUGCCGCUAGAUGGCAACCAAUGGAGAACUACCCGCCUCUUUGGGGUUACAGACCCCCGAACCCUCCCUCGCCACCACAGCCCGACGAAGUCGCGCCUUACCCAUACUUUCAGAUGUUGGAGGAUAAGUACGGCGUGCAGGACUUCUUCGACGGCCCUGACGACAACAUCGCCAGCGAGGUGCUCGAUUCCCUCGUCAACCCAGCCGGUGGCUACGAGGCGGACUCGGACGACUCGGACUCCGCCCAGACCGUCUACGCGGUGCAAUCGUACCAGCCUGUUAUGGCUUCGCGAUAUGGGAGGAACAGGGGCAAGAUGGACGUCAAACGUCGGCUUAAGGAGAAGCACAGGAUUCAGCGGCUACGUGGGAAGAAGACGCCUGGAAUUAGGCCAAGACCGGAUGAUGGCAGCGUGGGUAUCGAGGAGAGUGUGUGUUCGAAGCGUAAGGUUCAUUUUGCGAAGGAGGAUGGGCCUGAAAAGAGGCGGAAGAUCUUCGAAUACAGCACUGAAUAG